AAACUCCCUUAGAAGGAUAAAAUUGUCAACUCGUAAGAUAAAAAAGCAACGGUGUAGCAGUGUGAACACGAAGGGCUGACAAGAAUUAAUUUGGAUUAUGAGGGCCACUGGUUCCCUCGCCCACUCGAUGGAGCUUCAAACUUUCCGCCCUUUAUUUUCUGCAAGGAACAUGUUAUUCUCAGUACAAUCUGAUCCAUGCAAGUGGAAGAACUGUCAGAGGAUUGAUGUUAGUACUGAAUUUGUAAGGCAUAGGCACUUCCAGAAGCAGGCAAUAGUAUGGAGGAAACACUGCUCAAAAAGCAUUGGAGCUUCUAUUUCAUGUUCAUAUAGUUUUGAGAAGGAUCCAAACCUACCUUCUAUUCAAAAACUUACUGAUGCACGAGUGAUGUAUAGUGUAGCUCCUGCUAUGGGUCAUAACCAGGAAGCACAUCCGGAAUCCCAUCUUAGAGUUCCUGCAAUUGUGAGUGCCCUUGAAAAGAUGAAGCUCACUUCAAAGUUUCGUGGCUCAGAAGUCAUUGAACUUAAAAAUUUCAAGCCUGCUUCUGUGAACGACAUUGCAAAUGUUCAUUCGAAGGCUUAUGUUGCUGGUCUUGAGCAGGCAAUGGAUAAGGCUUCUGAAAAGGGCAUUAUUGUCAUUGAUGGAACAGGACCAACAUAUGCUACUGCCAGUACAUUCCAGGAAUCACUUUUGGCCGCUGGAGCAGGACUAGCCUUGGUUGAUUCAGUGGUUGCAGUAUCAGCAAAGAGCCAGAAUCCACCUGCUGGAUUUGCUUUGAUAAGACCUCCAGGACAUCAUGCUAUUCCAAAAGGGCCUAUGGGCUUUUGUGUUUUUGGUAAUGUGGCUGUUGCAGCACGCCAUGCUCAACUUGUGCAUGGAUUAAAACGAGUCUUUAUAAUUGAUUUUGAUGUUCACCAUGGGAAUGGGACCAACGAUGCAUUUUAUGACGAUCCAGAUAUAUUCUUCUUGUCCACUCACCAAGAUGGAAGCUAUCCAGGCACUGGUAAAAUUGAUGAGGUAGGUCAUGGAAAUGGUGAGGGUGCAACGCUAAAUCUACCUCUGCCAGGGGGCUCAGGUGACAAUGCCAUGAGGACUGUGUUUGAUGAAGUCAUUGUGCCGUGUGCUCAGAAGUUCAAGCCAGAUAUAAUUCUCGUUUCUGCUGGGUACGAUGGUCAUGUUUUGGAUCCACUAGCCAGUCUACAAUUUACAACCGGAACAUACUACAUGCUGGCCUCAAAUAUUAAACAACUCGCGAAAGAUCUAUGUGGGGGCCGUUGCGUAUUUUUCUUGGAGGGAGGAUACAACCUUGAUUCUCUUUCAUAUUCAGUGGCCGACUCAUUCCGAGCCUUCCUUGGGGAGAAAAGCUUGGCAUCUGAGUUCGAUAACCCUGCCAUCUUGUAUGAAGAACCAUCAGCAAGGGUGAAGCAAGCAAUUCAAAAAGUUAAACACAUACAUUCACUCUGAAUGAUGAUAAUUUCUUUACAUGUAUGCAUGUGUUCCAAUCAGCUGGAUAGGCAGUUAAACUUCUGUGUGGGCUACAGUAGUCGGGGAAACCGAAGAUCAAGUAUAUACUCCGGCGAUAAGCUGGUUUACAGACUUCUGCAGGAGAUGAUGUUAUUGUAAUAUUAUUAUCAUCAUGAUCGUGAAUGGGACCUGCCAUUCUAUUUAUACUCGAGUGAUAUAUAUUAUUACAAGCACCGUUUGUAUAAUACCAAAAUUUCUUAUAUAUUUGUAACUUCUGCAGCC